AUGCGCGUCGCGGGGAAGUCGCCGGGAUACACGGAGUAUUUUUACUCGCCCGGGGAGAUUAAUUUCCACUGGUUCCAGGGCUGGCAUCUGGGCCAGGGCCGAUUCGCGCCUUUCACUUGCGACCCGGCGCUGCCGCGAGUUGCGGACGCGGAGUCGGAGGCCCGAGAAAAAAUCUCCGUCGGAAUUGCGCCGCCUGAACCGGCGCAAGAGCCGCCGCGAAACUUGCGAGGGCUCUGGCCGCAGAGCCAUGCGGCGGAGGUAGCAGAGGCGGACAGUGAGUUGCGUGCAGAGGGUGGUGAAUGCAGCGCAGGCGAGCAACAGGUGGGUGCGGCCAGCAGGGUGCAGUGCAUCCCGGGCUCCUUUCAACCCGCCUGCAUCCUGUCGCCCCUGACCCAAUUGGCACCGCACUCACAUGCUCUUUGUGACGCUGCUGCUUCACACAGCAGCACGGGUGACGAGGAUGGUGGUGACAAGAGCUCCAACACCGAUCAAGAGGAUGCGACGAGCAGCAGCGAUUCAGAGACGGCAGAGGACGACUCGGAUGAAAGUGCUGUUUCUGAAAGUGAUGAAAUUCCCUCUCGGUCAUGCCUGCCGCCUCUCCUCUCCCUCUGGCCGCCCUGCAAGUCGCCUCCACAGCAGCGCACCGUCCCGCCCGUGCUCCCAUCAGACCUGCCGUCUCUCACCCCUUCAACGUCAAUUCACCCGGUGGUGGUGGAUUUCCGAGUGGACGUGCUCUUCCAGUCCAUCCGCCUGCUGCCCUGCUCCGCCCGCACCACUGCCCACCCCACCAUCUCCAACCCCACUCGUGGUUACACCAGCACUGCUGCUCACUGCGAGCACUGUGAGAAGCGCCUCAGGUGGUACCUGGGGGAGGGGGGCUUUGGCCAGGCUGCACCUGCGGCUGCUGCAGGGGCAGCAGGGGCGCGUGGGGAACAGACAGGUGGGGGCGCUCUAGGGAGGGGGGCAAAUGGACUGGGGGAUAAGGCUGGUUCGGGAGGUAGUUGUGGGGGAGGCGAUGGUGGGGAAGGCGGGAUCUCAGCGGUGGAUUUGCCAGGACCAGUGCCCUUUCACUACGAGGACUUGGACCAACAGGUGCGAUGCUGCCAGCCACUGGUGAGGUCAUGGUAUGUGUGCGUAUGCUGCCGCUGCACCAGCAGCGGCAGCAGCAACGUCAUAACUGUCACCACCGCUGCUGCUCCAGCCAUUCCCAAGGGCCCAGCAACCGAUCACUUCGAAGCAUCCCUUCGUUACUAUCACACUGCCCUCUCCUCCCCCGCCCUCUCUCCCGUCGCCCGCCUCUCUGUUUUGUUUGACAUGGGGGAGGCUUAUCUGGGGCUGGGGGAGGCGCAGCUAGCAGACGGGAAACGGGCGGCAGGGGGGCCGAUGAGUCAGCCUGUGCUGACGUGGCAAGUGGUGAAACGGCUGGAGAGGGAGGCUGCCACAUCAGCUGCUGACUCGUGCCGUCUUGCAUUUGAGGCUUUCGAUGAGAUCUGUCGCGUUGGCCCCACCCUUUGCUCUGCUGACUCAGCAGGGGGUGCCCAGUCACCCGCAGACGUCAGCGGCAGAGGAGGCGGGGGUGGAGGCAGAGGGAGGGGAGGGGGAGAGGUCGGGGAGGAUGCUGACGUGGCGGAGAUGGUGCAAGGGGCGGCAGUGAAUGCGGCUAAUGCGCUGGUGGCAUGGGCAGAGGCGGUGGGGGAGGUGGAGGAGGAGGAGCAGGGGGAUGGAGCGUGCGAGGGAAUGGCAGUGGAUGGGGGGGAGCAGCAGCAGGCGCAGCAACAGCAGGGGCGGGCGGGGCAAGGCGGAGUGAGGGCGGCACAGCUGCUGCGCGAGGCAGCAGCGCGGUACGGUGCAGCAGCAGGCGCAGCACCGGGUGACACGGACCUGCUGUCCAACCUGGGGGACUGUGCUGUGAAGACCGCUGAGCUGCUGUGCCCAGAGCGGCCAGUGGGCGAGGGGGCGGAGGCAGCAUGGGCGGGGGCGUGGGGGCAGUACGAGAGGGGCAUGGGGGCGUAUGCAGCGGCGUGCUCGCUGUGUGACGCGCGGGUGGGGGACGACCUGCCAGGGCUGCUGCACAACUGGGGCGUGGGGCUGCUCUCCGCCGCGCAGGUGAGGCUGCGGGCUGCUCACCGCUGCUCAGCAGCACGUGACUUUACUCCCCACCGCUCAACCGCUCUUCUCCCUCUUUCCCUCCGUGCUCUCCCCAUGCUGCCUCUUGCGCUGCAGCGCUGCCCUGAGCCUGAACAGGAGGUUCGGCUUCUGACAGAAGCUGCGGAGAAGCUUCAAAGGGCAGCCGAUUUCCAGCCCACAGACAUCGCCUCUCGUCUGGCUCUGGGGGAGGUGUUAUCUGCACAGGCAGAGGUGCUAUCUGCACAGCGGGCAGGAUCAGCUUUGCCAUCUGCCACCCUACAGCAGGCCCUGCACCUGCUCUCUCUCUCCCUCUCCCGCGGAUUCUCUGCCGCCCUGCGAAUCGACUCCCGCCAUCCAGAGGCCCUCCUGGGGGCGGCAGACGUGCACCUGUCUGCUGCCCGGCUGCUGAUGGGGCGGGCGGCCGGCAGGGAGAGGGGCGGCGGUGGCGGCAGCAGGGAGGGUGGAGGGGAGGGCAAGGGUGCUGGGGAUGAGGUGGCGGCAGCGCUGCCGCAAGAAGCAGUGGACCACUUGCAGCAUGCCAUGUCAGCGUACCGUGCUGCCAUGGUGGCAUUGAAAGUCCCAGGUAUACACAAGCUUGCUGUCCGAAUUAACAGCGCAAGAAUAGCUGUGAUACCUGCUGCUCACCUUUUGACAUGGAUUGCUCGGCUUCUAACGAGGAUUGCUUUUCUGUGA